CUUCUGCGGGUGCCUGAGUGUAGGUACGCGCAUGCUCGGUGCCGCACGGGUUUUUGGCGUCUGCCUCUCACCUGGGCGUGCUCGGUGCUCGCUGCUCGCGCUGUCGGUAAAUGCUCGGACCGUGGCCGCACUCGCUCAACGACACCGAGGCGCGCGGGAGCCGCCAGUGACAGCCGAUCGGCCAGUCGCCAGGCGGGGGGUGGGCAACGGCGGUUGUGCUGGGGGCGAGAAACACCGAGCGGACGAAAAUGAUGAGGUUUUUGCGGAGGACAUUCGGACGCCGCUCAGUUCGCCGCUACAUGGACGAACGGGAUGGCGGAAGAAGUGGUGGUCACGGAGGAGACCGGGACGCCGCAACUGUUGCUGGAGCCGUCGCUGGAGUUCAUGCGGCCACACCUGUGCCCACUGGGACCAUGGUCCACAUUCCCGCGGCUGGCAGUAGUAAGUCGAUCCUGACCUGCAGAGUGCAGCUUUUGGAUGGAACGGACAUCAGCGUGGAAUUGCCGAAAAAUGCAAAAGGCCAAGAUCUCUUUGACCAAGUUGUUUAUCAUUUGGACCUUGUGGAGACAGAAUAUUUCAGCUUGCAGUUCAUGGACGCUUUACAAGUUUCACACUGGUUAGACCAUACAAAACUCAUCAAGAAACAAAUGAAAAUUGGGCCUCCUUACAGUUUACACUUCAGAAUAAAAUUCUAUUCUUCUGAACCAAACAAUCUUCGUGAAGAGUUUACAAGAUACCUCUUUGUGUUACAGCUUAGACAAGAUAUUCUGUCUGGAAAAUUGAAAUGUCCCUAUGAAAUUGGUGUAGAAUUAGCUGCUUACUGCCUUCAAUCUGAGCUUGGGGACUGUGAGCCUCUUGAACAUACUUCGGAGCUGGUGUCAGAAUUCAGAUUUAAUCCCAAUCAGACAGAGGAUAUGGAAAUAGAUAUUUUUACAAGGUGGAAGGAUUGCAGGGGGAAAAGCCCAGCACAGGCAGAAUUAUGCUAUUUGAACAAAGCCAAAUGGCUGGAAAUGUAUGGAGUUGACAUGCACAUAGUCAAGGGAAGAGAUGGCUAUGAAUAUUCUCUUGGAUUAACACCAACAGGCAUAUUGGUUUUUGAAGGAUCAAACAAAAUAGGCUUGUUUUUUUGGCCCAAAAUUACCCAGUUGGAUUUCAGAAAGAACAAACUAACUCUCAUUGUUGUGGAGGAUGAUGAACAGGGCAGAGAACAGGAGCAUACAUUUGUUUUCCGGUUAGAUAAUUCUAAAGCAUGUAAACACUUAUGGAGAUGUGCUGUGGAAAACCAUGCAUUUUUCCGACUACGAGCACCAACUCAAACUAAAGAAGGACGAUCAGAUUUGCUGCGUUUGGGAUCUCGCUUUCGUUUCAGUGGUCGGACGGAAUAUGAAGCAACACAUAAAAGUAGACUCCGACGGACAAGUACAUUUGAAAGGAGGCCAAGCAAGCGAUAUCCCUCAAGAAGACACUCCACUGUUAAAGGUUCAAAUCCAGUAAAAUAUGGACACACCAGUGCACAGAGCAAUACAGGAAUGUGUGGAUACCAGACUCCAUUUAUGUGCAACAUUCCCCUUGUUCAGCAGCACUGGCAUUCCAGUAAUGUAAGCCAUCCUUUGGUAUCACCACUAUUAAACAGCGUGAAUAUACAGCAAUUCAGUGUAGAAGAGAACGGGGGAACACCAUUUACUGGUUCAGCCACUGGAAGACAUCAUCUCCCAAACCAUGGUCUGAUUACUUUGGAGCUGGAAGACACAGAUGCUUACUCUGGAAUGCCAAGUCCAACUAAGUUGAGCUCAACUGUUCUUCCACACUAUGAUGAGGUUGGAGUGUGUUUUAAGCAGUUGGAAGCUGAUUCCAGUAAGGUGGUUGGGCAGUGGCCCUCAUUGCAUAUCAACAUAAAUAACAAGGGUGAGGAAAAGAAACUGCUCGAAAAGGCCCUGCAUUCUCCUGCAUCACCCUCUUCUCAUCCUGAUCAGAUGAAGAGCAACAUCAUUAAAGCUCAAAUGGAUGCUGCACUGAAGUGUAAGAAAGAGGAGCCAGCAUUGAGCAGCAACAAUAAAUCCUCAGGCACAUUGACAGAUGGUUCAAGGUGCCUGGAUACAUCACAAGAUAGCACAAAAACAACUGGUGUUCAGGAAAGGCCACGAUCAAAAAGUUCCCGUAUCAGGAAACUGACAAGACAAUACAGCUUUAAUCACAGUGAUGAGGAUGACCUGCCGCCUGCCUUAGCUGCAGCCACACGGAGCAGUCCUCCCCCCGUCAGCAGACUGUCCGCUACUGAUGUUCAGCAGUUACAGUACCCCACCUGCAUCAAGAAUAAUUCAGAAGAAGACCAAACAGAUUUAGCUUCUCCAGGAGAUCUACUGAUGGACUUCACUGAAGCUACUCCUCUGGUAAAGACUGUGCCAGCUCAUCCUUUUUCACCUGUACAGCAAUUUCCAGUUGAACUAACAGACAACAUUUUGCAGUGUUUUGACUUCCCACCAUCACCAGGAAAAUCCUCAUCCACAACACCUUUGAAUGUAGCUAGAGCUCCAAGCGACCCCUCAACCAUGACAUACGUACAUGCAGCUAGACCUUCAACUAAUCCAGGAAAAUCAUCAGUAACAUCUUUGCAUGGCAACAGGCAUCUGACUGAUCCAGGAAAAUCCUCAUCAGGGCUGCCUUGGCAUGCCACAAGACCCCUGACUGAACCAGGAAUGUCAUCAUCAGUAACACCUUUGCAUGCAAUCAGAUAUCCAAGUGAUCCAGGAAAAUCAUCAGUAACACCAUUGCAUGCAGCAAGACAUAUGACUGAUCCAGCAGUUUCUACAUCAGCAAUGCCUUUGCAUGCAAUUAGGUAUCUAAGUGAUCCACUCCCACCAGUUCAACAUGCCACAUCUCCAACAGACAGUGCUGAUAAUUUGAGGCGUGAGCUGGAUCGAGAGAAGAUAAUGAAACGUCUUUUAAUGACAGAAUUGUGAAAGCGUAGCUUGGAUCAAGUUGCAGAACUGGAUCAGGGCCUCUGUGUGCCUUUUGUCUGUUGGCAUUCCUUUUGAAUGUCAAAGAAGCUUUGAUGUGUGUAGUUUGUUACACUUUCUUCAUUGUGAUUCAUGGAAAAGCAUUUUUUAUCAUACUGAACUAGAUGUUUAUAUUACUUUCCUGCUAUAAUCAGGAAGGGCUUGCUUUACAAGGGUCAGCAUACAUUUAAUCCCUGACACUGCCUCUGUAACCAGUGUCACCAAUGCAACAGUUUGAAGGUUUGCUUUGGGGGGAAAAAGGCCAUUCACAAAAAAUGUUGUACACAGCUUAUUUAAUUGUAAGGAAAAAAAGUUUGUCUAUAUUUGCACUACGUUUUGGAGAAUAUUUUCAUAGGAUUGUGGAAAACCGUCACUUUGUAUAUCUGGAGCUAUUACUGAGCCACUACAUUUUGAUGGUCUAGUUUUAAGUGAAAGGAGAGAGUAAACUAUAAUAUUUAAUAUUGUUAAAAAAAAUCAUUUGAACAUAAAUUGUAUAUUCUGCUGCCAAAUUAAAUGUCUAAAUAAUAGGAUUGAGAUGUGCAAUACUCAAAUUUGUAUUUAAUAUAUUUGCAUAUUCCCAUAAUGUAGUAAUCUAGAUAAAUCUAAAAUUGAGACAUAGACUUCGGCCAGAUAUUUGUGCUUUACAUACAAUUCAUAGGAUGCUAACAGCAUACUACAAGAACUUCUGAACCAUGAAUGAAAAUCUUUACUAAAAUGCCCUUUAACUGAUAUUUUUCCAAAAGGAAAGUUGACAAAAGGCCAUGUUCAGUUAAACCUAUUUUCAAAUAAUUUAGUAUUGUUCAUUGUUUACUGUAAGGCAAGACAAUUUUGUCACAGGACUUUUUUUUAAAAGAACAGAAAGAACAGUUCAGGUACAUUAUUUCUCCAGUUAUGUGUGUAUGUGUACAAAAUGGAAGGAUAUAGGUAUACAUUUUAUAAAUAAUAUUUUUGAAAAUCAGAUUUAAAGAUUUUUAAAAUUCAAUUGUAAUUAAUUUUAUUUUAGUUUUUUUUUAAAGACUGGUCCAGGAAACCACAACUAUACUUGGGUUAUCAUAUACUAGUGCUGAUGCAGAAUUGUUUAAUCUUACAGUAACACUCAAAUUUCCAAAAUGUUUUUCAUUACAAUUUACUAAACCUAGUUUGUAGAUAUUUUCUUUGCACAGAGUGUGAAUGGGGAUGGGAUCUCUUUUUUAGUCUUCAAAACUUUGGUAGAAUGCUCAGACCGUGGGUUCCGAAGAAAAGUUUGGAAGGUAACUGAGAAAUCCUCUAGAGCAGUGAUACUCAUAUGUCUGACUUCUGUAUUAGAAUAUAAAAUUUUAUUGUAUUAGAGUAUAAUAAUGAUAGUGUAUUUUCCAUUAUACAUUGCUUAACACUAGGACACUAGUUUGAAAAAUGAUUCUUUGAACAAUCGUUUACAUUCUUCUUGUGGACUGCUGUAUGUUUUUGCAUUUGAUGGAAUGGUGCACAUGGCAUACAGUAAGCAUAUGACUAUUUUAAUUAAUGGAGAUUGUGAGUGCGACUCCAGAGUCACAUAACUGAUCAUUUUUGAUCCAGAGGAAAUUUCCAGUGAUGAUGUCUUAAGAUUAUUUGAUUUCAUUAAGAUAUUUUCACAAAUAUAUGUUGAAAUAUACCAGUACUGUGACUUACACAUUGAAGACAGGAGACUUCUUCAAUGAUUCAUUAAUCAUUUUCCAGAAUGGUACUGGCUGUUUUUACUGAUAUGCAGUGGAUUCCAGUUAAUUGGGAUCAGUACAUUUUGGUCCAACUAAAUGGCUGUCCCAAUUAGCUGAAGAUUCAUGGAAGUAGUUAAAAAGGUAUAAAAAAGAUAAACUGAGUAAUAAUUUAUGUACUUGGAUGAAAUACCGAAUGAAUUAAAGCACAACCAAUACUACUACAGUACUAUAAAACUGUGUGUUAGUUCCUAAUAGUUAUUGAAGGAGGAAUUCAUCCAGUGUGCGCUACCGUAUUCUUUUGAUUGAUGUAAAUGAACAAAGUUAGCACAACACCAGGUGCAGAUAAGGGACUGUCUUUUAACAAUACUUUCGAUGAUUGCAUCCUCUAAGUCUUCAUUUUCAUUAUCACAUUCAAGAUUAUGGUCGAUACUUUUGAAUUCUUCAUAGUUCCUAACUUGUCCAAGUAGUAAAAUCAUUUCACUUCCACUCCCAGCCAUUCCAAGCCUGAAUGCUUGAAACUGCAGUGAGCAAAAGUUCUGAAUUGUCUUACUGCCUAACUCUCGCCAAUUAUCAGCGACAAUAAUCACUGUUUUUUGGACAGAAAUAUACUCAACUGACAUUUUAAAAACUGUUCGUUCUAAGCAUGUUGUAGUGUCAAAUGCCGCACAAGUACACACAUCUGAUGCUAGUUAGAAAUUGUUUAGCAACAGUCUCCUACCCCAAUUAAGCAGGAUAGAGUCCCAAAUAAAGGGAAUUCUGGCAAUUUUCGCAAUUAUUGUUCUUUGAGUUGUCUCAAGUAAGCAGCUGUCCCAAUUAUGAUGGUCCAGUUAACUGGAAUUCACUGUAUUUGCACAUGCCUGACAGUGCCAACUGAAGCCAAAUAAGUUGUGAUUAUAAAUAUUUCAUUGUAAAUAAUAUUCUUUGAGAUUUGUCUAAACAAACUGGAAUGAUUUUUAAAGUGUUUAAAGAUGUGAAACUGGUUGCUUUAAUAAUUUAUAAAUGUUAUGCUAAUGGAACCAGAAAUUUGAGAGCUUUUGCUUGGAGGUUAUGGCAAAUAUGUACUGUAGGUACUUAUUACAAAGAUGUAUGAAAGUGUAGAUUAUCAUGUAUGAUAUAAAAUCCAUAUUUAAUGUCAUUUUGGUAUUUCUAAUUCUUUAGGGGAAGUUUCCUUUAACAAAUCUGAGGGUAGUCCGCCAUGAAUUGUUUUGCCAUGUAAACUAAUGGGUUGAAAUGAUGAGCAUUAACUCCAGUAUCUCCAUGCAGUGAUACCUCAACAGGACUGUGGAUUAUAUUUUAGCUUGAUAACCUCAAUUUACAUUAUUGGCCAAAAUAAAACAUUAACAAUUGGGUAUUCUGUGUUUCAAAUGUACAAUAGCUACCAGCAUAACUAAAUGUUUUGUUAUUUGCAACUUUGCAAUGAUACCGUUUUUGAAUAGAAAGUCCUGCAUAUACUGGACUUAAAACUAUUUCUCAGCGACAAAGGGACAUGAAAAUGAAAUAUUAACAUGACAUAAUUCUGACCUAAAAAUAGAAAAUACAUGUUAAUUAACAUCAAAAGGCAAUACAAAAGGCUACAAAUUUUUGUUGGGAUUUAUCCUUAUAUACAUAAGGUUUAACUACAUUUCCCAGAUGGCUA